AUGGACAUACCAGGCUUGAAUGCGUUUGGUCCUAAGAGUCCUAGUCAGAGAGAUGGGAAGAUAUACUUUAACGUCAAGGAGUUGAUGAAGGAGGCGCUGGUGGCUGACGCCAUCUCUGCUUCAAACUGGGCGCUGCCCAACCCUCGCUCUGAGCAGGAAGUUACUCUUCACUCUUAUUUAACUACUAUUUCGCUUCCAUUGCCUAUUGAUGUCAGUGAUGUUUUUGAAUGGAGAGCUGCUGAUUUCCCUUUGAAUGAAUUUAAUUCUAGGGCCACAUGGGAGGUGCUGAGACCUAGACAGCCGAUACAGGACUGGCAUGAUGUAGUCUGGUUCAAAGGAGCCCUACCGAAGCAUGCUUUCACGAUGUGGGUCGCCAACUAUGAUCGUUUGCCAACAAGGGCUAGGCUAGCCUCCUGGAAUCUGUUGGUGCCUGCAACUUGUCCACUCUGUGCCUCUCAUGCCGAAACGCGCGACCACCUCUUUCUCUCCUGCCGUUAUGCCAACGACAUCUGGUCCUAUGUGUUUGCAAGAUGUAAUCCUCCCCCACGGAGGUUUACAGAAUGGAGUGAACUCUUAUCCUGGAUCCGAGCAACUCACUCAAGGAGACUGCAACUGCUCAGGAAGCUGGCUUCUCAGGCUGUGAUAUUCCAUAUUUGGAAACAGCGUAACAACUUGAUUCACAACAAUGACGCCUUGCCAGCUUCAACUGUUUUCAGGUCUAUUGAUAAGGAAAUGAAAAACAUUAUUUCUUCAAGGAGAUCUCAGAAAGUUUUUAGUUCACUUAUGGAUAAGGAUGCGUUGAUGGAUAUGCUGACAUUCUUGACUGUGGAGGAGGCGAUAAAGAAGAGAGUUGAGAUAAAAACCAGAACGUACGGGCAAGAAGUGAAAGUGGGGAGGAUGGAGGAGAAAGAAGAAGAAGAAGAAUCUCAAGUUUACAAAAUCAGCCCAAUCUUGGUGGGGCAUUUGUAUGGAGAUUGGAUCAUGCCCUUGACUAAAGAAGUUCAAGUGGAGUAUUUGCUUAGAAGACUAGACUGA